CGGAACCACGUGGUUGCUUGUGGAACGCUGGCGGGAAGUUUAUUCGCCUUCUGCACUGGGAGCUCGAGCUGGUUAUCUAGGCACAGAAAAACGGGAAAAGAGCAUAUUCCUCAAGAUUGAAGCCUGUGAAAUGGUUCAGAUCCUCAUCUCAAGCCCAGAGGAAGGAAGCCCUGGGGAAUGGAUGCUGAUUGAGCUGCAGGGGGAGAUAGAGUCACGCCAAAACACUGGCCUGGCUGGGAGCCUAAUGGGGGAUCUGCAUUACACCAAAGAGGGGGUGCCUGUUCUCAUAGUAGGACAUCACAUCCUGUAUGGGAAGGUCGUCAAACUGGAGAAACCUUUUGCAGUCCUUGUGAAGCGAUCUGGACACCAGGAAGUGGAUGAUAAUGCCAUGGAAACAGGCGAAGCAAAGCCCUCCACAAAUUAUCAGGUCACAGCACUUAUCAAGAAAAAGAUGAUCUUUAAAACUCGCCCAAAGCCCAUCAUCACUAAUGUGCCUAAGAAAGUAUAGCACUGUGGGGUCACAGGGCUGUACAGACAGGACACAGAGUGAUGUCUAUUGUUUGCUGUAAAUUACACUGCACCCCCUUUUCCAUUCUGGAGACCUGGGUUCAGGGCGAAAUUAGUUUGGUCUCAACAUUGGUCCAGACAAAUGGCAGUGUAUUUGAGGGAAGCUUAGGACAGAAUGGCAAGGGGUGUUCAGGGCAAGAUUGAGGUGCGAUUGAAGAACUGUGAGGUAGUACUCUCAUGAGCAGUAAAUUCAUUAGGGGGUUUCACAAGAACAUGUGAUGUCUCCUCUUCUAGAUGCUGUAUGUGUUGUAUUUUUUUCCUUUGCUGGACAAGGCACACACACACUCCCUCCCUCCCCUGCAUAUAAAUGCACUGGGGAAUUUUGAAUCUCAAGUCAUGUUAAAUGUGCUGAUGUAACUCAGACAAGAGACUACAAGUCCCCGUGGUGAGUUACCUUUUGAAUAUGAAGCCAGUUACUGUAGCAAUGCCCUAGUAUUAUUUUACGGUUUCAGGAAUGCAUAAACUCAACAAAUAAAGCUGUUAACCAUGUCUCUUAAAUUGUUUAACCCUUAACUGUGAUGAAGAAAAUACUAAAAAACACACAAUACGUUUGAGAGGUUUAUUGAAAAACAAAACAAGUUGAAAUCUGAAACAUUUUUCUUUGAAGGCUUUUAAAACAUCUGUAAAAAUAAAUGCAUAUUUGGAAAUAAAAUGAUUGUAAAAAAAAUCUUUAAAAA